AUGGAUGCCACCCAGCAACCAAACCUGAACCAAAUUCGCCGCCCAUCCUGCGUAAGGCCACCUGCAUGCAACGCCCAACGAAAGCGCUCAGAAAAGCGGGAAUUCCUCCUCACCUUGUCAUCCGAUUCGACGCUCCUCACUCUUCUGCCUGCUGUCCCUGCUCUGCCACUGAUCGGACAGGAAGACCUGGGGUUGCGUAAAUUCGAUCCCAACGCCGGCUUGUAUGCCCCCGGCACAGCCUUUGUAGGCCGUGACCAGACCGUGGUCUCCCUCCGCAUCUACACGGCAAAAGCGCUUCCCAUCCCCGGCGUGGAAUACAAAAGCGUGUCUGUGGCCAGCCACAACACGGCUCGUCAGGUCAUUGAGAAGGUCUUGAAUCGACUGGCUGAGGACUGUGAUCCCUCCCAGUAUGCCCUGCGCCUGGUCCCACUCAAGGAGGAUGGCACCAAAAUCAAGUCCCGCCUUCCCGGCAUGCUCAAGCGCCGCAGCUCGCAAGCUCUUCUGCUCGACCCCAAUGAACAGCCCGUGCUCGUGGCCGAACGCGCUGACGCCAAAUUUACCCGAUUCGAGCUAAUUCCAUUGCGCCUCUCGCGCCGCGGCAGCGGCCUGCGACUCCUCCGCCGGCGUUCCUCUGACCGAGCCGUGCUUGAGCCUGUGGGGGAUCAAAGCCCUGCGUUGGACACGCUUGUGGACGCCCCUGAACACGAGUCCCUUCCUGUCGCCCUAAGCAAUCAGCAAACCCUAGCCCAAGACCAACCACGAUCCGGCGCCGGCCUGCCUUUGUGUAUUCCGUCUGACUCCAUGCUCAAUGACACAGUCAUUAGUCGCAACGUGCAUGCGCCCUCCACGCCUCGGGCUCCCGUCGGCCGGGGCACGCACCCUCGAACCGAUUGUGACAGUGAUGUCGAUGCCGACACCACCGUCGACUCUGUGGCCGGUCUGUCUGACAGCUUGCUGCUCGAGGCCAGCACCGUCGCUCCCCAGCUCCAGCGCUUUGAAGACGGUCGUCUGAUCGUACACUGCCUUGAGGAAGGCGUACACAUCAUCGGCUCCGACCCAGACCGCACUGACGUCUGUUUCCCUGAAAAGGGUGUCCUUGCUGUGCACUGCGAACUCCUCGUUCGUUCGGGCAAAAUCGCCAUUGCCGCAUAUCCAGGCGCGGUCGUCUGCUUUGACGGCGUCCUCUCCAGUGAGCCCAUGUUGGUGCGCAACGAGUGCAACGUGACUUUGGGGGCCCAGCGCCUUCAGUCUUUUGUUGUGGCCGGCCUGGCUACGCAAGAGGAGACGACCCCGAUCUCGGCUGAGCUGGCUGAGCAACUCUUCUUCUGCACCACCCCUAAAGGCACUGGGCGAACCGCAAAUGCCGGCCUCGAUACGGAUGCACUCCUUCCUGCACAGUCGUACCGCUUGGCUCAACGCGUUGGCCUCACCGACAUGUCCCUCAUGUCCCCCACCAUUAUGACCGCUUUGACACGGGAUCGGUAUCUGGUCGACGCCUCGCCACGGGAGAGCCCCCUGUACAUGGGUGAGUCGCCACUGCCCAGCCCCAAGCGCCUGACGCCAACCGAGGGGUUGCUUGCCGCGGAUGCUGCUGCACAGCUCGCUUCUCCCGCUGCACGGCAACUGGACGACGAAUUCAUCAGCACUUUGGUUGAGGCCACCGAAGCUGCCGCGACGGGCAUCCGUCGGAGUCUUGCCGAGACUAGCGCCACAACGAUUAAUGCUUCAGUUGAACAGGAUGACGCUUGCUGGCACACUCACAGUCCAACCCAAAAGUCUUUGGUUGAGAGUGAAGCAGAAGCUGAAAUCCCAGCUGUUCGCACCCCGCACAAAGUGCAUGCUCCAACCGUCGCGGGUUCAGCCACCUGUGUUCCUGCAGGGCGCAGUCUGGAGCUGACCGCCACGGGCGACUGCGAGAUUACGGAUCUCUCCAUCCCUUGUCCAACAGAUGACCGCAAUGAUGAAGAGCUGGCGGCACCGCUUGAUGAGAACGAUGAUGAUGGCUGGGCACAGACGCCAGGAGAUCUGGACGCUUUGUUCGACGUCGACCCGACCAUCCUCAGUGCAUUGGCGAACCACACCGUUGCUGUUGCUUUGUCGACAGGUUGCGCCUUGGCUCUAACUCAACUUGGGCACAAGCAAGCCAUCCAGGCUCGAGCCAAGGCCGAGGCUAAGGCAGAGGCCGAGGCCAAGGCAAUGGCCGAGAAGCGAGCCCAAGCUCAAGCCCAAGCAGCUGAGGCCGCAGCACAGGCUCAAGCAGAGGCCGAGGCCAAGGCAAUGGCCGAGAAGCGAGCCCAAGCUCAAGCCCAAGCAGCUGAGGCCGCAGCACAGGCUCAAGCAGAGGCCGAGGCCAAGGCAAUGGCCGAGAAGCGAGCCCAAGCUCAAGCCCAAGCAGCUGAGGCCGCAGCACAGGCUCAAGCAGAGGCCGAGGCACAGGCCCAAGCCAAGGCCAAGGCCGAAGCUGAAGCAGAAGCUCAAGCUCAAGCUCAAGCUCAAGCUCAAGCUCAAGCUCAAGCUCAAGCAAGGGCAUUGGCCGAGGAGCAGGCCCGAGCUCAAGCCCAGGCAGCAGAGGCCGAGGCACAGGCCCGAGCGGAGGCCCAAGCCAAGGCCACGGCCGAGGCUGAGGCCCAAGCCAAGGCGAAAGCCGCGGCUCAAGCCCAAGAAAACGCUCAAGCCAAGACCAAAGCCGAGGCUGAGACCCCAGCGGAGAGCCAGGCUUCGGUUUUGGAACUCAUCUCAGAAAGUGCAUCUACUGCCAAGCCAGUUCAUAGCCCCAGCCCAAACAGCUCUGCCACUGAUGGCACAACGACACCUCAACAAGUGCACAAGGCCUACAAUGCAUUGGGCUUGCGAGGUGAUCUGCCCAAGCCACGCCGCGCCUCAGGCCCCUCUUCUCGCUUACUCUCAGCUAUUGCCCGAGCUGAGGACCAAGCCCAAGGUCAAGAUCGCACAGCAGUGCUGAAGGCGCAGCAGAUCCUCCAGUCAAUCUCCGCCGCAGCACAGACACCUGUGGCCCAAGCAACACGGCAGGGGGUGCUGCCCAAGCCUCGCCGCCGCUCCUCCAGCUCAGCGCCUACACCAUCACCUCGUGCCGAGCCACAACCGAUUGUGCCUACAAGCGUGACCCAAACUAUGGUGUCUCCACCCACAACUUCAAACUCUUCGCCUUGCAAAAGCCCCACCGUCCCAGUCAAGCCCAAGACCCAGCCACGAACGCCCAUCCCAGCACCACGAACCAAAGCUGUUGUGUCGACCGCUGAUGCCUCUUCACCGGCUAGGAACAACGCUGCUCGCCCCACUUCUCCCGUCGUUGCCCCCAAGCCACACCGGAACCCCAGCUCCACAAACACAUCGCCGGCGCCUCGAGUGAUGCCAUGCACAACUUCUUCAGCUCAGAAGGAGUGCAUGGCUGCGCCGGCCUGUGCCCCAGCUGUGAGUCCCGCUUCCGAAUCCUCGGCUCACUUGCGUCGAUCAGCUACACGUGCAACCUCUGCAUCCCGGCACUCCAUCGUUGGUGCUGCGCAACUGGAUUCGUCCACGCCUCCUCCCAUUCGCUCGCGCGCCAACCGUGCUUCAGUGUGCCUGGGAACAGGUAUUUCUGCUGCCGCCGACGCAGGCUUGCGCUCGACGGGCGUGUCCCUUCAUGAUUUGGAGCGACGCCGCACAUCAGUGUCGGCUACAAGCGCUUCCUCGAACCCACGUGGUGUUCGCCGCCCCGAGCGAAUGGCCUUUGCUGAUCGGAUGAAAAUGUUUCAGUCGGUCGCUGAAUGAUACGCCCCUUGCUCAGUGCGCAGGACGCGUCUACGUGGUCACUCGGAGGUUUUGGAGAGAAGCUUCAGCGGAUCCAGGCUUGACAAGCAGACCGCCAACUUUUCUCUGUGAAGAUGUUGCGUGUUAUGUCGUGGAAGCCCUUGUUUUCUUUUCGCUUUGUUUGAGUCUUGAGUUUCCCGUUUCGACCUCUUUUGUGUUGGUCUUAUCCUAGCUCACUGCCGUGGCUGCACCCCGUGAAUGUGUCGCUCGACAAGCACCGUUUUUGUUUCCAGAAAGA